AUGAAGCUGCCAAGACCCACUUCGCAUAUCUUAAAGCGAACCGUGGAGGGUCAAGCUCCCAUCAACUCGGUCAAAGCGCAGCACGCGCAACUCAUCAAACUCCGACUCCAACCAGACCCACACGCAAUGUCCGACGUUAUCAAAUGGUACGCUCUGUCUCCGUCUCAUUUCGACAAAGCCCGUCUCGCCUUCAGCCAAAUCCAGUUCCCGACGAGGCCAGUUUUCAAUCACUUGAUCCGGGGGUUGGCGCUCUAUCAACCUAUGGAUGCGAUUGAAAUGUUCGUCAACCAAAUGUAUCGCCAGGGAAUUGUUGGGGAUACUCUGACGAUGAUCUUCCUGUUCAAGUCGUGCGGUCGUAUUGGGGAUGUCUUGCUUGGUCAAUUGUUUCAUGCCCAUUGUUUGAAACUUGGGUGUGAUUCGGAUUUGUCUGUGUCAAAUGUUUUGAUACAUAUGUAUGGCUCUUUGGGGGAUUGCGUGCCUGCACGUAAGGUGUUCGAUGGAAUGGGGCAGAGAGACUUGGUUUCUUGGAACUCUUUGAUCUGUGCUUAUGCCGAAUGCAAAAGGUUUAAGGAGGUUUUGGGUAUAUUUUAUUUGAUGCAGGGAGCCAAUUUGAAGGCUGAUGCUGUGACAAUGGUCAAAGCCAUAUUGGCUUGUCUUCACUUAGAGGAUCAGCAUACAGCAGAUUUAAUGGUCAAGUACAUUGAAGACAACAAAGUAGAGAUUGAUGCUUAUUUAGGCAAUGCUCUGAUUGGUAUGUAUGGCCAGCGUGGCUCAGUGGAUUUAGCUCGGGGAGUUUUUGACAGGAUGCAAGCGAGGAAUACAGUAUCUUGGAAUGCAAUGAUUAGGGCCUAUGUAAAGUCAGGGAACUUGGUUGCUGCUAGGAAAAUUUUCGAGGAUACCCCUAGAAGAGAUGUCAUAUCAUGGACUUCGAUGAUUACAGGGUAUUGUAAAGCUAACCAAUUUUCUGAUGCAGUCAAAACUUUCCAAGAUAUGAUGGGAGCUAAUAUAAAACCUGAUGAGAUCACAGUAGCUAGUGUACUCUCUGCCUGUGCUCACUUGGGCUCUGCUGAUGUUGGGCAGGCAAUUCAUGACUAUGUUCGUCAACACGGCAUAAAAGAAGAUGUCUUUGUAAGUAAUGCCUUAGUAGAUAUGUACUGCAAGUGUGGUGCAGUUGAGAAAGCACUUGAUGUGUUUAAUGGAAUGAAACACAAGGACGGUGUUUCGUGGACAUCUAUCAUUUCUGGGCUAGCUGUCAAUGGUCUUUCUGAUGAUGCAAUUAACAUCUUCUCCAGAAUGCUUAGAGAAGGUAUACAUCCAACUCACGGUACCUUCAUUGGAAUUUUAAUCGCUUGCAAACACUCCGGACAGGUAGAUAAAGGAUUGGAAUAUCUUGAAACCAUGGAGAAGGUCUACGGUCUAAAGCCAGAGAUGAAACAUUAUGGAUGUAUUGUGGAUCUCUUGAGCCGCUCAGGUAACUUAGAGAGAGCUUACGAGUUUAUAAAAACAAUGCCUAUAGUUCCAGAUGUUGUGAUAUGGAGAAUUUUGUUAGGUGCAUGUAUGCUCCAUAGUAAUUUAGGGUUAGCUGAGAUUGUCACGAAGAAGCUCCUCGAGUUGGAUCCUUUCAACAGUGGGAAUUACGUUUUCUUAUCGAACGCUUAUGCAAGUUCAGACAGGUGGGAAGAUGCUGACCAAGUGAGGAAAUUAAUGGGGGAAAGAACUGUGGGGAAGCCUUCUGGUUGGAGCUCCAUUGAAGGGAAUGAUGGAGAUGGGUCUGGUCAUUCUCAUCAUACGGACACUGUAGAUUCUUCUCACUGUUUGUGGGAAGUAAUAUUAGAGCUCGCCAUCUUCCACGUCACCGGCAGCUAUCAAGAUGGUUCGAUCAAUUUGGCCUCGCUUGGGCAGCCACAGCACAAGGCAGGACCAUCCAGCCUUGUUGAAAUUGCUGUGAGAUUGGAGGAAAGCCACAAUCUUUUGGUCCUGAGGAUUGGGAGGGGCAACUGUAACAUUGGUUGGCGAAUGGACGGGUCCAUUUUCUCUUGCAGUGAUUGUUCUUCCACUGUCACAGCUCACAGUUACUAGUAAGCAAGCAUUGGUUCACUCAUUUCAAACGACUCUCCUUUUCUCGAUGGACCAAGUUGUCGGUUGGUGAGACUGGAGUUACUCUCAACUUUGCGGCUCCAGCGUUUGCUCCACUGACGGCAUUGCUGUAGAUGAGCCGCCCAAUGGCCACCAUGAUACCAGCUCUUCUGGCGGUUUUGGAGGAGGCAGGCGCAAGUAAAGUCCAUAACUUUCACUCUUUUUCACAGUUUUCUCCUAGUGAUUUCAUUACUCGCCUCUGAUCAUCUUCUGGUUUUUUUUUUUAUUUGGUUCACCAAUGGUUAGAUGUAGACCUUAAAGCUUCAAGUACUGGUUAGAUGCAUCCCCUGUUUUUGCCG